AUCCAACCCCAAAUUCCAACCACUUUACUAUUUCCAAUUCCCCAAUUUUCCCGAGAAACAAACAGAUCCCAGAACACUUAGAGCCAUCCCUCUCAAUUUUAUCGAUGGCACGCACCAAGCAAACCGCCCGGAAAUCGACCGGAGGCAAGGCCCCAAGGAAGCAGCUGGCCACCAAGGCUGCCCGGAAGUCUGCUCCGGCGACCGGAGGAGUGAAGAAGCCUCAUCGCUUCAGGCCGGGAACUGUGGCUCUGAGAGAGAUCAGGAAGUACCAGAAGAGCACCGAGCUCCUUAUCCGCAAGCUGCCAUUCCAAAGGUUGGUGAGGGAGAUCGCCCAGGACUUCAAGACCGAUCUGAGGUUCCAGAGCAGCGCCGUGGCGGCGCUCCAGGAGGCGGCGGAAGCGUACUUGGUGGGACUGUUCGAGGACACCAACCUCUGCGCGAUACAUGCCAAGAGAGUUACCAUUAUGCCCAAGGACAUCCAGCUCGCUCGGAGGAUUAGGGGCGAGAGGGCUUGAUGAUAUUUGGAGAGCAAUUUCGGGGAUUCAUAGCCUUUGGCUUUUAAACGACGUGUAGUUAGUUGUAGAUGGAUCUUUUGCUCUGGAAUUUCCAGAACUUAGAGAUUUGGUUCGUGUUUAGACGACAAGUCGUUUGCUUCGAUAACUUUUGUGGUAUAAUAUGUUUGAAAUCUAAUGGCUAAUUGGAUUUGUUUUAAUUAUAUGAUUUCUUCCUCC